AUGCUCGCGCAUGCUCGAGCUCGCCUUCUGAGACGCUCCUCACCAUGGCCACGACGCGUGCAUACUGUCCGGGCGCACAAGGAGGACGCGCGCUGGCCCGGCUGGGAACUCGUCAUCGGGAUUGAAGUCCACGCCCAGAUCAAGUCGCGCCAGAAACUUUUCUCGCAGACAGCGGUCGCGGACCCCUCCACGCCGCCGAAUACGCGCGUGUCUCCGUUCGACGCUGCCUUCCCCGGAACUCUUCCUCGCCUGAACCCGAAGUGCGUAGAGCUUGGUAUUAGGACGGCCAUUGCGCUGGACGCAAAAGUCCAGUCGAGGUCUGCGUUUGACCGAAAGCACUAUCUCUAUGCCGACUUGCCUUCUGGGUACCAGAUUACUCAACAGUAUGCUCCAAUUGCUCGCAAUGGGAAGCUCCGCUUGGAGCAGGAUAAUGUCUCCGUCCGGAUCAAGCAGGUCCAACUCGAACAGGACACAGGGAAGUCAACAUUCUUGCCUCGACAGCGCACCACAGCCAUAGACCUUAAUAGAGCUGGAAUGCCACUGAUGGAAAUUGUGUCCGAGCCUGACAUGAGGUCACCUGAGGAAGCAGGCCACUAUGUGAGGGCCCUGCAAGCCCUACUACGUUCCGUGGGAUCUAGCGACGGAAAUAUGGAACAGGGUUCGCUUCGCUGCGACGUCAAUGUGUCCGUGAACCGUGUAGGAGAGGGUCCGGGUACUCGCUGCGAGAUCAAGAAUCUCAAUAGCGUCAAGUUCAUGAUGGUCGCUAUCACCAGCGAGGCGCAACGACAGAUUGAACUACUCGAUCGGGGUGUGCCUAUAGGACAAGAAACGCGUGGAUUCAACGAGGAGAAGGCAGAAACCUUCUCCCUGCGUAGCAAGGAAGAUGCACCAGAUUACAGGUACAUGCCUGAUCCGAAUAUCCCGCCACUCUUGGUGAACGCACAAUAUCUUGAGGGAAUACGGCAGCAAAUGCCCGAGCUACCGAGUGCAAUCCGUGCUCGACUACUAAAACUGGGUUUGUCACAACGAGAUGUGGAAGUGAUCAUGGACGUGAACUCCGGUCGAGAAGUUGUCUUUGAUGGCCAGCUAGGACGUGGUCCUGUCGCGUACUUCGAUGAAGUGGCUCAGGGUCGGGAUCCCAAGGUGGUGGUGAACUGGCUCACUCACGAACUAUUGGGACAACUGUCAUUCAGGAACGAGUCGUUCAGAGAAAACCCAAUGUCUCCGCAGCAGAUGGGAGAGCUUGUGGACCUCGUUCAAGCAGAUAAAGUCACAGGUACAUCGGGAAAGACUAUCCUCCGACAUAUCUUGGACACCAAAACAACCGACUCACCUUCCACGAUCGCCGAGAAGCUGAAUCUGCUGUCCGUCAGCGACGAAGGUGCAUCUCUCGAGCAGUGGUGCCUUGAUGCCAUUGCCGCCCUUCCGCAGGAAGCCGAGGCCGUUCGACGCGGAAACCACAAGGUUGUCAACAAGAUCAUGGGGAACGUCAUGAAGACUAGUCGAGGAACUGCGAAGGCUCAAGACGUUCGAGCCGUACUCCUGAGGCUUCUGCAGUGA